AUGGAAGCAACAACAGCAACAAAAGGCGACGAAAUCGUGGAUGUGAGGACUGUGGUGGAAGCUAUUUCUGCCGCCGAAGACGACAGCCUUGACGCCCCUCUCUACCAGGUCGAAAGCCUCUGUAUGCGUUGCGGCGAAAACGGAAUAACCAGGUUUUUAUUAACGUUGAUUCCUCAUUUUAGGAAGGUCUUGUUAUCCGCCUUUGAAUGUCCGCAUUGUGGUGAGAGGAACAAUGAAGUGCAGUUUGCUGGUGAGAUCCAGCCCCAUGGGUGUUAUUAUUGCCUUGACAUUCCUUCUGGUGAUCAAAAGAUGUUCAAUCGUCAAGUCGUGAAAUCAGAAACUGCUACUAUUAAGAUUCCUGAACUGGACUUUGAGAUCCCUCCAGAGGCUCAGCGUGGAUCUUUAUCAACAGUGGAAGGAAUAUUAGUAAGAGCUGUGGAUGAACUACAAGCCCUACAAGUAGAGCGAAAGGAAGUGGAUCCUCAGACUGCUGAAGCAAUAGACAUGUUCUUGGUAAAAUUGAAAGCUUGCGCAUCUGGAGAUUCAUCGUUUACCUUCAGUCUUGAUGAUCCUGCUGGCAACAGCUUCAUUGAGAACCCGUAA